GCGAGAGGGGUUCGCUUGUCGUAAUGUCUGUUAUUGAGGUGUCUUGCCAAAAUAAUGUGUUACACCUGACCUACUAAAUGGGUCAAUAGAUAGGGAGAUUUGAAUGUGGGUUGGUAGCUAGACUAUACAGUGUAACGCUGUAUAGUAAUCUAACCGUAUGAUACCGACGACGUAGGUGUUCAAAACACUAACAAAUGGGAUCGGCGCUCGUAAUAUCUUUUGCACAAAUGACACAAGUUUCUGUUAACGAAAGGCGUUAAGUUGUGCCUGGAUAUAUUUUGAAUGUGCAUGGAUUAAUAUUCCCAUUUGAAUGAAUUGUCUCUGUGCCUAGGGAACAUUUCUGUGAUUAUAUAAACAUCUGAUCAGGGAAGUUUACAACAGACCGGUCGACAAAAAAAACAACAUGACAUCUCAAUUUUAUGGAAGCGCCUAUCUCCGGUGUCUAAAUCGGAUGAAUUCUCAAAACAGUCUGACCACAGACACAGGAUUUUGUACGGCCAAUCCAGACAGCGACAAAAUAAAGACAACGCUGACUAUCAGUAAAGAUGAACCUGUGAUCGACAACCAUAGAUCGAACAAUUAUUCACAGAAUACUUACAAUAAACAAUUAACCAAUCAGGAAUCAUCACCAACAGACAGAUACUCGUACAGAUAUUCCACGUCUUCAAAUAAACAGUCCGGGAAUACAGCCACAAAUGGAAAUCACGCUUCUUCGGAACGAAAUUCAAAUCCACCUGUAAAACAACCAGAUCGUUAUUCCUAUCGAUAUUCAUCUCCUAGUUCCUCUAAUAACCAGUCGUCUAACCCCUCCAGCCAAUCAACACCCAGCACUGCAAAUACUAAUAGAUAUUCCUACACUCAGUCAUCAAGAAAUAACGAGAGGUCGUCAUCAACAAGUAGUUCCAGAGACCAUCAGUCGUCCAAUGAGGCAUCAUCAGAAUCGAAGGAGAACACAGCUCCGCAGUCGCAGUCAACAUCUAUUUUGGCAUCAUCAGGGUAUUUAGGUCGUUACAAGCCAAGAUAUUCAUCACAUAGUUUAUCUUCUCAAGGAUCCGAUAACGAGGAAUCUCAGAUCAAGCCGCCUGACACGCACUACGUUGGUUAUUCCACCAGGAAUUCAUAUUACGCUCCAAGUUAUGAAACUAAAUCACAAGAAGUUGAAGAUAAUUUGAGUUCUAGUCGACAGACAUCGCCAAAUCUCUAUAAUGUUGGUUACUCAUACAGAUAUCCAUCGCGAUCCCGAAAUUACGGAAUUUCUGCUUCGGAAAAGGAAUCAACAGAUGCUAAAGAAGAAGCUGAUGUAAAGACAACUACUACUUCAUACUCUUAUGGAAACCCCACAAGCAGCAGCAGUUCUGUAACAUCAAAUACAGAAUCGGAACCUGUAGUCACAACAUCGUCCUAUUCUUAUCGAUCUCCUUAUAGCACAUCCAGGUACAGCAGCACAAGUACGACUCCUAAAGAAGAACCCACAAAAGAGCCUGAACAAACAGCAGAACCAGAAGUGACCACCACCACCUACUCUUAUAGAUAUCCAUAUAGCUCUUCAAGGUAUACUUCAAAUUCCCCGAAAAUCCAAGAAACUGAGUCAGCAGAAACAAAAGUAGAGUCCGAACCUGAAGUUACCACUACCACAUAUUCAUAUAGAUAUCCAUCAAGCAGUUCAAGAUAUUCUUCAGAUACUGCUGUGGGUACAAAAAAUAAAGAUACAGAAACUAAAACUAGUGAAAAGGAGCCAGAAGUUACAACAACAACCCAUUCCUAUCGAUAUCCAUAUAACAAUUCUAGGUACUCCACCACUAGUUCAACACCAACUCCACAAAAUCAAGAUAAACCAAAAUCAGAACCUGAGGUCAUUACCACAACUUCAUCGUACAGAUACCCGUAUUCAUCCUCAAGGUACACAUCAAACACCUCUCAAAAAGUUUCCCAGAAUCAAGAAGAAUCUAAGAAAGAGCCUGAGCCUAAGGUAACGACCACUACGUCUUCCUACAGGUAUCCUUACAGCACAUCAAGAUACACAUCUAGUAGUUACUCAACUAACCUAAAAACCCAAGAAGAAUCUAAGAAAGAUCCAGAAGUCACUGAAGCUAGUAAAGUAAAACCAGAAGAAACAACAACCACCUCCACUCACUCAUACAGAUAUCCAUCUCGCUCCUUUAAAUAUGGAUUAGAUUCAACCAGUGAUGGAGCACCCAGGACGUCAACUCCUAUAUUAGAAGAACCAAAACCAGAGCCUGAAGUAGUCACAACAACUCAUCCAUACAUACAUUCUUCUCUUUCUUCUAAUUAUGGUAAUCAAGUCACUUCUGCUAUAAAUAGUACUAGCUCCAGUAGUGAAUCUAAACUUGUGGAUACUAAAAGUCCUGAAGAAGCUACACCACAAGUUACAUCCUCCACAAGUAGAUAUACGUAUAGGUACCCAUCCAGAGCAUAUAACUAUGGUGCACCUGCAUCUUCAACUGCUGACAGUACAGGAUCUUCCCAAACCACAACAACAGAGAGCUCAGCCAUCACAUCCAGUACUUCCAACAGCUUAAAUCAAACAACCAAAUCCAAUCUCACGAAAGCAUCCAAAGAUUCUUAUGAACAACCCAGCAUUAAAGAAAGAAACUCAUCAAGUUCAAGCGCUAUAAACACCAUGAGUGGGUCAAGUCUUCAGGUGACUAAAUCAGCAGGAACUGGACCUCUUUCUCCAGCACUUGCUCCUAGAUCACCAAGAGCUAAGCACAAUGUUGAUUCUCAACCACCAAAAUACAUCUUCAGCAUGGGAUCUAGGACUGUAGUUAAACCGGGUACCUCUAGGUCCUCAGUUACUAGUGAACCAGAAGAAAAGGAUGUUAAAGUGGAAGAAGUUAUUGAGAAAGAUGUCACAGAUGGAAAUGAGAAUGAUAAGGUGAUUGAAGAGGAACCAGCUGUUGAAGAACAAGAUCCUGAGAACCUGAUGUCUACCCAGGAAUUACUGGAAAAUGCUCAACAGUUUUUGGAAGAACUUCAUUUAGUUGCAGCUGAAAGACUGUUUCUUAAGUGUUAUCGUAAACUGGGGGAAAACCCAAAUGAUGACAGCAAUGAGCAGUUGAUCGAAAUAUAUUUUGGGUUAGCGGAAGUGUGUACACGGAAAAGUAGACAAAGCCGAAAAAGUCCAUUGGAGUGGCAGUGGCUGUGUGUUCAUGCUGCAGCUCUACUUGGUGAAGCCACUGAGUUGUGUGAACAUAAAGCUAAAACUGACAAUAAGGAAAUGAGUGAAUGUUAUUUGAGCAAGAGAGAGUAUGCUGAAAAUAGGAGCAAGAGUCUUGAGGAUCUGCUUAGUAGAACUUUAUAUAAAUGGUUAAGUAGUGGUUGGCGCGCCAUCGAUCCAAAUGCCGCUCGAGCCGCUCAAAUCAUUCAAGCGGGUAACCUCAGAACGGCAAUAACAGCCUCCAACUUUCCUUUGUCCAAUGUGAUGGGAUUAAAACCUUACGAACCAGGAUUCUUAGCACAAGCACUCAGCCUUGAGAGUCUUCAUGAAGUCCCUUCUUCCAUUGAAGGAGAAUCUUUAGAUUCGAAAUCCAACUGGUUUAAGCGGAUCAGAUUUUAUUGUCUGAAACGUCUGCUGAAUAAAAACAGACAACAAGUUUUGGAUGAAGUAAUGAAGUUAUCGAAAACGGACCCAAAAACAAAUGAAUCUCAGGAUCUUGGCUCUGAUGAUGAGGAAGCAAUCGAAGCUGACUUAAAUGGAAAAUCUGAAAAAAUUCAAGAAAAACCAGAGGAUGACCAAAUGUCUCUUGAGGAAAAUGAUGUUUUUGAAGAUAAUGAAGAACCUGAGGAUGAAGCAAAUGUAGGAGAAGAAGACUUAGAAGAUGAUGAUCAGGAUACGAAGGAGAAAGAAAUAGUCUCGGUCUUAAGCGAGAAACCAGUGAAAUUGACGAUAGCCAAAGUCUUUCACCAAGUUGUGGGCAAAUUAAUCAAAGAUAAAGAGUAUACUAAAUCUGAGCUGCUGUGCGAAGAAAUUUUACAGAUCAUCGAAGAUAUUAUGGAUGGAACAGUGAGAAUGUUGAGAUUUAGUGGACAGCUUCAACAAAAUCUUGGAAUUCUGUGCCUUAAACAAGGGGAUAUGGCGAAAGGUAUGGCGUGUCUUGAAGUUGCGCUGAAAUUAUUUCGGGACUUACAAGAUGGGGUAGCUCACAGGGAGAUAUCGUUAGUUUUAAUCGACAUGGGUAAUGCUUACGUUGCUUCCUCUCUGACGACAGAUCAGCUUUAUCUUUCCAUCAUUAAAUCCAUUCGUGAAUUUUUCGAAAAAGAAGCAUGCGAUGACAACGAUACUGGGGAAGUCGCCCCAGAAAUGUGUCGCAGUAAAGAACAAGAUCCAACUAAUGAGGAUGAAGUCAAGCGUAAAGAAAAUUUGAACGAAGCCAUAAAAUGUUACCAAGAAGCUCUGUCUGUUCUUGAGAAACACGCUGAUUCGGAAUUAGACAUGCUGUCGAAAGCGUUGAUGAAGCUCGGUGACUGUUAUUUCGUACAGACAGAAUAUUCCAAGGCAUUAGAUGCGUACGAACGAGCAAUGCCAUUGUUUAAAGAUUCAAAUGUGUUCGGUAAAGAUCACUUUCUACAAAAUGCUCAUGUGAUGAUGAUGCUAGGAGUGGCGACAUUCAUGUUACAUGUUUAUCCACGAGCAGCCUCUAUAUUUGAAAUCGCCUUCUCGAUGGUGAAACACGCCCACAAAUUAGAUUACAAUACUUUCUUGCAUGGAUUGUUGCUAUCCCUCAUGGGCAUAGCUUAUUAUAAGAUCAAAUCAUAUCAUAAAUGUGUUUCGUUGUGCUACCAAGCUUUUGAGAUAUUUUGGGUCAUGCAUGGGGAAGGCAUUGUGGUGGUUCCAACUGAACGAUUUUGGCUUGUUUGUCAGAAUCUGUACAUCCUCGGUAAUUCAUAUAAUGUGCUGAAUCUCCAACAUAAAGCCAUUAAAUAUCUGAAUAUUGGACGAGCCUUUAUGAGAGCAACGAAAAAUGGAGAGAAGCGUCAAGCGAUGAGAAUUUUAAACAUCCUGGGGGAUUGUUACUUUGCUCAGUAUGAUUACAAAACAGCUUUAGUCUACUAUAACGAAGCUCUGGAGGUUGGUGAACCAGCUAAAGAUGAAGCGGAUACAGGUGAUGCCACUGCUGGGGAGGAUGAGAUGAACCAAUCGUCAGAAGACAUGGCCCUGCACAACCAACUGCUGAGCAAGUCUGCAGAGGCUAACAUCAGUAUGAAUCAGUACGAGAAUGCAAUUGAGUAUCUGGAGCAAGCGAGGGACAUGCAGGAUGUUCUUGGGGAAGAUAUAAAGGGAGAUCUGGUCAGCACUCUUUAUCAGUUGGGGCAGAUGCAUUCCAUGGCUGGAGAUGUUGAUAAAGCAAUUGACUCGUACAAGGAAGGUCUGGAAGUCUUCCGUGAACUUCAUGGAGGAACUCUUGGUCCAGAGAUGUGCGUUACAUUGGGUAACCUAGCAACCAUGUGCUAUGUAAAGGCUUGUAUCUGCGAAGAUAUUGAUAGCGAGUUACAGAUGAUUUUAGCUGCUGAGGGAUACUUCCAAGAUGCUCUGAAAUUAGAGAUGAAUCAAAGCGUGUGUGUGAAGUACGCCAACUUCCUGUAUAGUCAGGGUAACUACGAGGACGCGAUCAUGUAUCUGGAGGAUGCCAUGAAAACCAAAACAGAAUUACCAGAGAUUGUUUAUGGUGGGUUGGAAAAAGUGACGUUACCCGAAGCCUUACAAGAUGAAGUAGAUGCCCAGGAGGAGGUGGCAAUGCCAUCUGUGUGUUUAGGGCAAUUCUUACAAGUUCUCUCUCAUAAAAUGUUAGGACAAACACGACACGCUGAUCAAUGUCUUUUGGAAUUGAUGAAAAACGUUUACGCUUCAGAAGUUCCGUUCCUUAGUUCCGUUCUCGGUUAUGCUUUAAUGGAGAUGGGCUUGUUCGAGGAGGCAGCCGUCAGUUUCAGACACGCCUGCACCCUAGAUCCAGAAUACCAUUUAGCGCUAGACAAUUAUUGUUUAUGUGCCUGUCUGACUGCUUUAGAGACUCUUAAUAAUGCCAUUAAAAAUAUCUUCAAUUAUUACCAUAUUUGGUAUGAAGAAAAUUAUAUUCCUGUGCCUGCUAUUCUUCAUUAUUAGCAGACGUAAUAUUUACCUGUGCAUCAAGGAUAUAAACUUUUGAUGUUUCUCGUUUAAACAAUCGUUAAGGUGACACCUCUGGAAAAUUUCAUAUUGAAUUGACUAAUGAAAAUGACAUAAGUUUGAUUAAUCAAAUAGUUUCAGUUCGUGUUCGAUGAAAAAUCGAAGUUAGCGAUACAUGUGAACAUUUUUACAGUUACGAGGUUUGGUGUGAAGAAUACAAAAUUAACAUUAUAUGCACCAACGAUAUGUGAACAUUUCUAUGGAUCUAGCUUGUAGCAGCUUAUUAAUGUAACAUUCAAUGACCAUGGACAUACUGCAGUGUAUAACUGUAAUAAAUGAUGUUUUAUGACCAUGGACAAACUGCAGUGUAUAACUAUAAUAAAUAAAACAUAGUAUGUUGUAUGACUGAGGACGUAACGUGUAGAUUUUAUAGGUUUAUAAUAAGUGAAAUAUAUUGCCUGUGAUUAGUUUAGUAUAUUAACUGUAGUUUAAUAUGAUAUAGUAACUAGUAGAAUUAGAAAUAUUUACAGGUGAUGGAUACCUGUACCAGUGUGGAUAAUAACUGAAGAAAUCCAGUGAUUCCAAUUGUAGGUUUAUAUAUUAGAGUAAAUAAAGAACAUUGAUCUGUGUGACCAAGAACAUUUAUCUGUGGGAACAAGAAUGCUGAUCUGUGUCACCAUGAAUGCUGAUCUGUGAGGCCAAGAACGUUGAUCUAUAUUGACACCUUGAAUUGAUUUGUGUCACUGAGAACAUUGAUCUGUGUCACCAUGAACAUUGAUCUCUGACAUCAAGAACGUUGAUCUGUCACCAAGAACACUGUGAUUACACUGAUCUGUGACAUGAAGAACGUUGAUCUGUCACCAAGAACACUGUGAGUACAUUGAUCUUUGAGACUAUACCAAUGUUGGUAUGUGUCAAGGAUAAUAAUUACACUGAUAUUAUCAAAUAGAGGGUAGAUGUAUUGGCCAAUCGGAUCAAAACUCAGACCCUAUUUCGUUUCGUUUUUGUAGUUUAAAACUUCGUUUUACUUGUCUUUACUACACUAGAAUCUGGAAGAGUUGUUCUAUAACAUGCUUUGUGGAUGGCGCGAGGGAUUAGCCAAUGAAACCAUCUGUUAUGGCGACUUCUUGGCGUGCAAUGCACAGAACUGUGGGUAAACCACUAGAAAUGUCAACACUGAUUGAUUAAUCAAUGUCUGACGUUAAAAGCCGCCCGUAUGACCUCUGACGUGAUCUACCACUAAAACUGGUCAGAUGUAUAGUAGAGGGAGAGGUCAUCGAAAGUAUAAAAAAAACGAAACGAAAUAUAGAUCUGAAUUUUAAUCCGAUUGAUAUAUUAGUACUCUGUUUUAAACUAGUCUGCAUCUUUUUUUAUAUACGACUAGUUAUAGCCUACUUUCCAAUAAUUCUGAUAUUUUCAUGUUUUAUAUACGACUAGUUAUAGCCUACUUUCCAAUAAUUCUGAUAUUUUCAUGUUUUCAUAUACGACCAGUUAUAGCCUACUUUCCAUUGAUCCUUAUCUGAUAUUUUCAUGUUUUCUGUGAUCCUCUAAACAAAUGGCUGUGUUGUAAUUAUUAAAAAGAAAUGUUUUGUAAAUCAAUGAAUUAAAUAUUGAUAUAGUGACAAACUUUCAUCGUAAACGUUAGUUAUAAUUGCUUAUAUAAUUUUUUAAUCAAACAAAUCUUUACGAUGAUAGAAAUAGAAGGAUGUAUUGGUACAUGUAUAACAAGCCCAGAUAGGGUCAUGGUAGGGAUCUUAGCACUUCAGGAUCAAAACAAGAAAUUGUAUGUUAUUCAUUGGUCAUUCCCUGAAAAUACAAAAUUUGCAGAGUGAUAAAUUAAGUUCAUUGAUCAUCAGCUCUUUCCUUAAUACUCGACUGUUCUAAUUAAAUUUUGAUACUCGUGCACAGUUUGUAUUACACGUUCAUUAUAAGAUGUUUUGCCCAGAAUGUUUCAAAUAAAUUAAAGGUCACUGGAAAAGCUUCAUAUUUUUUUUUAAAUAAUGCAACCAAUUAUGUCAACAUAGCCUAUUCUUUCCACAAGUAUAACACGGUCAUCAUGAAUGUCAAUGUUACCUGCCACAGGUAAAUUUGAACAUUAGCGAUUUCCGCUAUUCUCCGUGAGUAGACCUAACUUUCUGCCAAAAACAAGCUGUGACGUAAUUUUAGUCCUUCUACUCAUAGAAAUAUAAAUGGAAUGAAUGAAUGAUUGAAAUGUUGUUUAAUGGCACGUCAGCUCCAACCGGGCUAUAUUGCGCCAGACAUAGAAAUAUAGAGUAGAAUAUGAGCAGACGGACUAAAAUUACGUCAUUGCAUGUUUAUUGGCAGACUACACACAGAGAACAGCGAAAAUCUACCUGUUGAAAUUUACCUGUUGCAGGUAACAUUGAUAUUCACGAUCGUGUUAUACUUACGGAAAGAAUAUGUUGACAUAAUGACUUGUAUUAUUUAAAAAAAAUUUCAAUCUGUUUAAAACACAGAUCCUAUUUCGUUUCAUUUUUUAUAAUUCAAAAGUUCGUUUUACUUGUCUUUACUACACUAAGAUCUGGAAGAGUUGUUAUGUAACCCGUGUUCUGGAUGAUGUCAGGGAUUAGCCAAUGAAACGGUCUUUUAAUUCGAGUUUUUGGCAUGGGUUACUCGGAACUGUGCGUAACCCACUAGAACCAUCAACGCUAAUUGGUUAAUUAAAUGUCUGACGUCAAAGGGUAAAAAAAAAAACGGUUGUAUGACCUCUGACGCGACCUUCCACAACAACCGAGCAGAUCUUCUUGUAGUGUAGGCCAUCAUAAGCAUAAAAAAAAACGAAAUACAGAUCUCUAUUGUAAUCAGAUUGAAAAUUUAUGAAGAUUUUCCGGUGACCUUUGAAUUACAACCAGUCUUUUUGGAUUCUCGUAGUUAUUUUUAUCAGAUAAUAUGUGUUUUAAUGCCCAGUAAAAAUAUCACAGGAAACGGCCAGGUAUUAUUUAUAUUAUUCAUAAUGUCCUGUAAUAAUGGCAUGGUAAAAAUGGCACAUGUAAAAAUAGUUAGGGUAGCCAUUACCUGUGACUCUUACCUAAAAUUCAGUUUAUAUAAUGUCCAGCAAUGCCAAUAACGGCACAGGAAAAAAAGGGUUGCCAUUAUUAGCUGUGUAAUUAUUAAAGAUAAUUAGUUAAGAGCUAAAUCUGCUUAUUGCAAGUCUUUCUUUAGGCUUCAGAUGUUAUAAAAUGAUUAAUUAGACGUUUAUUUACUUUACAAGCUCAAAAUCAACUCUGUAGACCCUUGGAUGGCUAGGAUACAGCUUGGAGUUAAACAGUCAUCUAUUUAAAAAUUAAAUCAAUGUAUGGCUGACCAAGUUAACGUUUACCGUUAAUCACGUUUUAUACCGUUAAAAACUAGAUAAUGUAAAGGCAAUUUGCUGAAAAUUUCAUUCAAAUUGAUCCACUAUGAACCGUGAACUAAUAAGCGGUUGAAAUUUCCGUCUAGCCUCGAUCAUCAUUACUAAAGUCAGAACGAUAAACAUCAUAGUCUUGAUUAUCCAUUUAAUCGUUAAAUUGUGAAGAAAAGUUAUGCAGUAAAUCGGCUCAUAAUCCAUUAAAGCUCGCAGGCUAGCGAUGCCAUCUAGAGUUGAUUAUGGUCUGGAUAAGUUAAUUAAUGUCUAAUUAAUAAUUUAGAUAACAUUUCAGGCCUAAAGAAAGACCUGCAAUAGGCAGAUUUAGCUCUUGCAUAAUGUAUAUUUAACUAACUAAAACUCAGUUUGUACAAUAUCCAUUGUCCAGUUAUUUACAAUAUUAAUGUUGUAUACAGCUUCAGCUCAGGCUAUUGAUUUGAAAUCAAAGUGUGCUUAAUAUUUUUAAAUCCAAUCUUAUGCAAAGUUAUCUUGAUUUGAUUGUUUUUAUAAGAUUUUAUUUUAAAGUUUAGAGCCUCCUCAUAUGUUUAUCUAUGCAUCAUGUCAUUUUGCCGCUUACUUGAAAUUAUUUAAAAGACGAUUUUCUCAGACAAAAGCAAAUUUUGUUGAGAGAGAGAGAGAGAGAAAUGGGGUUUAAUGUCCACUCGACACAAACUAGGUCAUUUCGGGACUAACAUGGUUUCAAUUUUAUUUUAAUAAUUCGCCAGUUGACUCAAUGACAGGCCUUAUGAUAAAGUGCGGACAUGCUGACCAUUCGGCCAUCCAACCCCCCAUUUAGUUAAGAAAUGUGAGCGUGAAAAAGGAUCGAGAAAACUUGUUGAAAUAUUGCGUUAUAUGUAUAACAACCAAUGAUUGUACUAAUUACAUCAAUUCUAAAUACAUUGAUCAGUAGGGUUUAUUUUUGUCCUGCACCACUGACAAGGGGAAACCACGUCGGGAAAUCCUGAUGAACAUUCUCGGCCAAUGCAGGGAUCGAACAUGCAACCUCCAGGCUAGCGAGCCAGCGUCUUAACCCACUUAGCCAUCGUGGCUCCCCAACUGCCAAUAUGAUGUCUGAGAAAGUUUGUCCAAAUCAAGGCCUUAAUAAUAGGAAUUAUUUCUUGUAUGAUGUUCAACAUUGAUAUAAUGUUUCUAAUAUCUAACACCUGAGAGUAGCUUUAACUAUAACCUUUUACUGUAUAUUUAUAUAUAGCUAUGUUAUUUAUUACAGAAUAAAACUCUUAGUUUUAUUUUUCGUAGUUUCCACGACAUGUAUAUUUCUCUUCUGUACAAUCUCUCGUUUGCGGUACUCUACAUUUAGGCUCGGCUGUAUGACAGUAAGUGAUAUGUACCUACACCUAUACAAUUGUGAUGGGGCUACCGGUUUACUUAAGAAAACUUGCGCCAUUUUGAAACAAGUUUCAAAAUUGUGUCGUUCAAAGAGUGUGUAGAAUUAUUUUAUUGCAAAGUUGUCCUUUGUUUAAAGAAAAUCGGAUAAACUUGAAAGAAAAUAACUUAAGACAUUGAAAACUUUGUAUGAUAAAACACUUAUCACAGGCGUCUUCAUGAGCAACACCAUUUGUAAUCCAGGAACUUGAAAUUCGUCUAAAGCCGAGGUUAGAUGUAGGGUACUGGAGUCUGCGGAGGUUUGUCGAGUGUCGUUUGUAAUUAGUCCAGUUCACAAGUAGCAGAACCCAUCUCGUUUGUAAAAUAUGUAUGGAGAGUUAUCUACCUUUACUCGCCUGACCUCAUUAGCCCUAUCGGUGCCGAAAAAGUAGGACGUUAAACCUCAUUUAAUUUUUUCAUGUAUAUUUCUCUUCUGUAGGCUACCUCUUUUUGUAAAUGAAAUGAAACGUCCUACUUUUAUGCAUCGACUGGGCUAAUGAAGACUGACAUCUUUAUGUAUAAUAGAAAUAUAAUAAAUAUCCGAGGUAAAGAGAUCAUAGUUAAUAUGUAGGUUAGUUUUAUAAUAAUUAAGUUUUUUGUUUCAAUGUCUAAUGUUUUAGUAUUUGUAGAAAUUUGUUAAGCCGUUUUACUGUUGAAUCAAAUUUAAAUCGUAUGUAUAUCAAAUAUUAGGCCUGUAUAUUUAUUUGUAUUAAUUAUUAGGCCUAUAUACAUGUUGUCUACAUGUAAAUAGUAGAUUAAAGUAGGUAAGUCUCUAACUUAAUAGUUUAAACAGACCGAGUGACUCGACUUCAUAAACAAACAAAAAAGACACUGUGAUGUUGUUUCGUUAAUUAUGGGUUCCCAACUUCCAAUAUUUAGGCAACAAAAAGGUUAAAGGAGCUAAAUCGCUAAUAUUUGGGACCUAGAAAUUGACACAAAUGGGUCGCAAUGCAUAUAAUAAUGUAAUAUGAAUGUAUAUAAACUGAUUUACAUUCAAUCAUUUCCGUUAAAUCAGUUAUGUUCGGCAAAAUAUGCCAGAAGUCUGAAAAGAAUGGCAAUCUCUAGCGUCCAGUUAUUCCAGUCUACACCGAUAGUGUUUACUGAACACUUCUAGGUGGCUCUGGCUUGUUUUAAUCUCGUCUGCUAAAAUCAUUUUGCACUGAUCAGAGAACUGUAUUUCAGUUAUCAAAUGAAACCAAAUAUGUUUUUAUUAUUCAGUGUUUUUAACAUAUUUUUAUUGUUAAAUUUUUAUAUUUUUAAUUAUGGUACAUUCCUACUUGUUCUAAGCUUCCAAUCUUAUAUUUAAAUUACAUUUCUAUCUUCAUCAUUCCAAACUUUUAGUUUGUUAAAAUUUAAUUAUUGUUUAAGUUUGUAAAAACAUUUUAAAUGAUCAUUCCGAAUUUUGUAUUAUAUCAAUUUGAUUAAAAUACAGAUCCUAUUUCGUUUCGAUUUUUAUAGUUCAAAAUUUUGUUUUACUUGUUUUUACUACACUAGGAUCUGGAAGAGUUGUUAUAUAACUCGCAUUCUGGAUGAUGUGAGGGAUUAGCCAAUGAAACAACGGGAGGUGCACGGAACUUUGGGUCAACCACUAGAAACAUCAAUGCUGAUUGGUUAAUCAAUUGUCUGACAUCAUAGGGUAAAAGCUGCUCGUAUGACCUCUGACGCGACCUUCCACUACAACUGGUCAGAUCUUCAUGUAGGCUAGCGAAAGUAUAAAAAAACGAAACGAAAUAUAGAUCUGUAUUUAAAUUAGAUUGGUAUUAUGUGUAUAUUAUGAUUAUUUGGUCCUUUUUUAAAUAUUCACUUGGUUAUCCCUAUUUUAUUUAUAUUAAUAAUAGUGAUAGCUACCUGGUUAUCUCCCUUCCUAUCAUAUCAUAUUCCGAGCAGAGAUUUGUUUUCAACAGUUUUUAUAUAUUUUGAAAAGAAGAUAUGGUGUGAAUGGCCAAUAUUGUGCUCCUAUAAAGAAGAUGGUGUGAAAUCAAUGACCCAUAAUAAUGUUUCUGUUUAAUGGAGUCGUCUUUUAUAUUAUUAUGUACUGAGGUCGGUUAUCUUUGAUAUACAUCUUGGCGUACAUCUUAAUAUGUUAAUUAUUCAAAUUUGUCUUUUGUUAUUGACUUGUAUCCAGCAGAUUGUUUUUGAUAUAUAUGUCGGCUUACAUCUUAAUUAUUAAAAUUGUCUUUCGUGGUUGACAUGUAUCCAGCAGAUUGUUUUUGAUAUACAUGUAGGCUUUAUAUGCUAAUUAUUUGAACUUGUCUUUCAUUAUUGACAUAUAUUCAUGCUAAUUGUUCUUUAUAUACAUGUACGGAUAGGAUUAUAUUUAUUAUUAUAAUUUGUCUUUUUCGUUAUCGACAUGUAUUCCAAGUAUUUAUGCAAUAUAUGUUACUGUAUUAUUAUAUCCUCAUUAAGCUUUAUAUGGUAUCCAGACAACUAAUCCCAAAGACAACUCAUUCUAAGAAUACUCGGUCCAAUUGAAGACACCUCAUCCCAAAAUAGAAGACAACUCACUCCAGGAUAGAAGACAACUCUUCCCAAGAUAGAAGACAAGUUGUCCCAAGAUAGAAGACAACUCAUCCCAGUUAUUGAAAAGGUGUGGAGACAACAAAACUAACAGAAUGAACAAAAAAUGAAAAUAAUGAGUAUUUUAUAGGUCCAAGUGGUCUUAUAUUUCAGCCCACGUAUUAAAACAAACACUAUAGUGGGACGAGUGGUCUUCUAUCUUGGGAUGAGUUGUCUUCUAUUGCGCCGAAUGGUCUUGGGGAUGAGUUGUCUUCUAUCUCAGGAUGAGUGGUCUUCUAUUGGGCCGAGUUGUCUUUGGGAUGAGUUGUCUUUGAGAUGAAUUGUCUUUGGGAUGAAUUGUCAUACAUUCCUUUAUAUAUCUAUAGAUAAAGUGCUGAUUUAAAUAAUGACCUAGGUUAAUAACAUUAAAAUAUACCACAUAAAUAUGUUAUAAUGAUAUUAAAAUAUAAUAAAUAUCAAAAUAUA